AUGUCCUUCUUCUCCGUCUCGGCCCGAGGCGUGACCUCAUCCGCGACGACGAGAGGUGCGGGAUCACGAUUGACCGGUCCGGGGUCCGGCGAGGAUGGCGUCGAUCUGCGGGUCAUCGUAGCCGAGAGCGCGGAGAGCGGAUCCGAGUGGCGCGCGGUCGGCAUCGGAGCGCUUGACGAAGUGGCCGAAGGUUGCGUAGAGGAUGGAGGCGGCGAGGAGGGGGAGGAGGAAGAAGAAGAAGACGGUGUUGCCGGGCCGGGAUUGGUGGUCGUUGUUGUCGUCGAGGGGGUGGAGGAGAGGGAUGCGGAGCUUCCUCGCUUGCGAUCUGACAAUCGUAGCGCCGGAUGGGUUGAACCCUGCGCCGGAAGUUGA